AGCGUAUAAACGUUGGCUUUAGCCUAGUCUACGUCCCUCUCUCCUAUUUUUAUUCGCCCCCCCUCGCCCCACUAUACCCUUAGUCGUCUCCUAUCUAUUGUAGAACGUAGCGCUCUCCGCCCCGUUCCGCUCCCUUCGGCUGAUGCGUUCCCUUCUUCUAUAGUAGCUCCGCGGUCUCUCCGCUCCGCUCCUCGCUCUUCGCGUCUCCGUACCUUACUCGUUGACGGUGAGAUGAACAUGAUCCGAUGAGCGAACAAAGCGAUUCUACACAACGCUGUGUUCUAAACUUCUCCGAACCGAGCCGAGCCGACCAGCCACCAGUUACGAUGGUGCGGAUUUACCGUGAAGUUGACGCUUUAUUUUCGUCGUGGUAGAUAUUCUCUCUAGUUUCUGUACUGUGUACGUCGUCGAUUCUCUCGUUCUUUUCGGAGUGAUUUUCAUCAAUUUUUUGUUGAUUUGUUAGCGAAGAAAAAUUUUUGCGCGAUUUUUAAUAUUCAAUAAUUUUUAAUUUUAAAAAAAUUUUUACGACGAAUUUUGGAAAUUUUUUUGAAAAUUGUUUCGGUAGCAACGAACUCCAGUGUUUGAAGUGUGUUUCGCUGGUCGCGAGUGUGAUACUCUUUUUUUCCCCUCAAAAUAAUACUAGUGUAUUCUUGUGACGCGAAGUUGUGUAUUUUCUCAAUAAUAAUUGAUCACGAUAUCGGAUAAUUUUGUCGUUCUAAAAGUGUUAAAUAACGCAUGAUGCAGGAUUCGAGCUGCAGUGAUAAUAAAGUGAAAUACGUCGGUUAUGUUUCGCGAAUGUGUUUGAAAUCAGUGGUAGCUGCUACAUCAUUGGCCAGUAUUGGAUUUUCACUCGAUAGGACGAGGACGACCAUCUGUAUUUGCUCGCCGAACGGCGACGACGUUUGAAAAUGAACCAUUUGCGAACCUCCAGAGAAAUGUUGGAGCACAGACAGCGUUCUUUUGUGAUCGAUCCUCCUUCUGUAGGAGAUGUUGCCUCUUUGCCCGAGGAUGGGGAAUCUGAGCAGGAUACGUAUAAUUUGUAUUUACGAUACGCGGCCAAUGCUUCUGCUCUGGAUAGCAAACCGCGUCUGGAUAUAGCUGGUUCGCCUCCUAUGCAGCGUAUCAAGUCUGAUACGCCGAAUAGCAUCACCAAGCUGGAAGUAAGCUCGCCGACAUCGACGGCCAUGGCUCUGGAUAACAAUAACGUGGUGGUGAAAAAUGGCUCGAUUAUGAUGAAUGGUCGGCCAACAUCGUCCGAUAUGCUGCCAUCGAUGGAUAGCAUAGGGCUAACUUACGAGACGGAUCCGAUCAUGCGUCGGACGCCGACCACAUUGUCGGAAGCCGCCGGUAUCAUCAGAUCGACGAUGCCGAGCUUGGUGGAAGCUGCGAUGUUAGUCAAUGAUCAUCACCAUGGUGGUGGAGGAGGAGGCGGUGGCGACGAGAAUGGGCCAAAUGUAGGAGCCGCCAGCUACACUCCGAUGUCCGUGCCAUCGGUAAUCAGUUACCCGCCGCCGCCGGCCAUUACCAGCUACGUGCCGACUCCGUCGUCGCCUGCGGCCGCCGCAGACGUUACCAUUAACCAGCAACCGUACAAUUCAGCUAUACCGUCCGAAUACUCGCAGGAUACCGGUAGAUAUCCGGUUGAUAUGAAACCUCCGUCGGCCUUAUUCGCAGACUCGUACUAUCUGGACGCCAACGGCACACCCCAAGUACCGGAUCCGUGGAGUGGCAGCGCGACCGGCCCGGUGUCCAAGUUGGAGUACGGCAGCGGGGGCCAAAAUUCGCCCUACGGCGCGUACACGUCUCCUAGUAAAAUGCUAAACUCGCCUUCGACCCAUCCGUCGUAUCAUUCCGGUAUGGCUCACGAGUCGCUGAAUUAUAACGGAUUACCUUUGAGCAGCUCGGCCAACGAUGUGGGUCAGGGUGCCGGCGACGUUGUAUCGCCUUUGCCACCGGUAUCCAGUCUGCGUGUAUCUUCGUCGUCCAUGUCACAUGCGACGGCCGUAGUCAACUCGACGAUGAGCCCGUCCCCCGUAUCCACCUCGCUGCUGUACCAAAACUACCACACGCAGACGACCGGCAGCGAUACGCUGGUGGGUAAAGCUCUAGCUUCCAUUUAUCCUACCGAUCAAAGCGCCAGCAGCUUUAGCUCAAGCCCGUCCACACCCAUCAACUCGCCUCCUCUGGCCAACAGCAGAAACGGACCGUGGUCCACGGUCAUACCUCAAUCGCAUCCGUCAGCUUCGCAUUUCCCGAUCGAUCCGAAAAACCUGCAGCAUCUGCGAACGGACGCCGACGCGGCCGGUAUCGAUGAAGCUAUCGGUUACCUCAGACAUCACGCCGCCGAAGGUACCCACGUCGAAGAAACCCUCGACGACGCCAUCAACGUCCUGCGCAACCAUGCCGAAAACCAAUCUCUAGUUUUGCCACCGAUGCACGGUAAUUCCUCUUUGCCCAUGUACCAGCAUCUGCAAAAUGCCACCAUCGGUAUUCCGCAUCCCACCAAUACCACAUAUCAACCUAUGCCAUUACCAGACGACGGUCUCAAAAGUGAUAAACUCGGCGGUGGCCCAGGUACGGUGCCUAAAAAACGCAAAGAUCUGGACCUAGAUGCCAAACUAUCCUCCAGCGACUUGCUCAACACCAUAGGUAGCAGCGCAGCGAUCACCUCCACCAAAGGAGGCUCCAAAAGGUCUCGUAAAUAUUGCUCCAGCGCCGACGAAGAUGGCGACGAACCUCUGGGCAAAGGCAAAGAUCGCAGACAACCCCUCACCGACGACGAUAUGGACGCCGAUCCCGAAGUCAAAGCUCAAAGGGAACGCGAAAGAAGGCAGGCCAAUAACGCCCGCGAACGUAUACGUAUCCGUGAUAUCAACGAGGCUCUCAAAGAACUCGGACGCAUGUGUCAAACACACCUGAAAACCGAUAAACCGCAGACCAAGCUGGGGAUCUUGAACAUGGCCGUAGAGGUAAUCAUGUCCCUCGAACAGCAAGUCCGCGAACGUAAUCUCAACCCAAAGGCUGCCUGCUUGAAGAGAAGAGAAGAAGAAAAGGCCGAAGAUAACAUCGCUCAUCAUCUAUCUUCGGUUGUUGCCCCUCAGCAUGGGUUACUCGUACAGGGGCCUCCGAGCUUCAACAGUCUGACCGGUGCCGCUAAUGAUUUGCCUCCGCAUAUUAGACAGCAUGCCGAAGCACCUCAAUAACCCUUCGUGAUGGUUGCAUCUGCCCGUGCCCGUGCCCGUAGUGCCUGUACUUUCCAGUCUCUCAACUUUUGUAUUGUACUAUUUGUUUUUUUUUUAUCUCAUAUGGCUUGUGUAAGUAUUGGAUUUCCAUAUUGGAAUCCGAGGGGUUUAUUUUACGUGGUUUUUUUUCCUUGGUCAUUUUGCAUUAUUUUAAUAUUAUUCGAGUACGUCGAAUGAAUUGAUCGCAGAAUUGCGAUGCCAGAGGUGUUGAGGGGUUUCUUUUCUGACUGAUUUAUUUUUUGAAGCGAUAGAAACGUGUCUGUUUUUGAAGACCACGAGCAUCGAAGUCUUACCGAGGAAAUCCCAAAUUGAGAUUAGAAAAUUUGAUCAAUUUUUUUUGAAAAUUAAAACGAACAAUUUUUUAUACCGUGGUUGCGCGAAUGAUCCAUGUCAGGUGGUUAAAAAUGACGCUCUCCUCUUCAAUUUCUUUUUCUCAAACUACCACGCAAUUUUGUUAAGUGACCUGUUUUAGCGUCGUGAAAAAUUGCCAUAAUUUGCUUCUAGGGCAACGAAGAAAUGUAUUUUCGUCACCUUUCAGUUAAUGUGUCCAUCGAGGAUGUUCGUACUCUUGUGUUGGGUUAAAAUUUUAAGUGGAAAUUACUUUUUUUUGUCAAGAACUGGCAAGUCAGUUGAAAUAGGUCUGAAUUUUUUAGCUUGACAAUUUUGUCAAGUCACCCAAGUAUAAUGCUUUUAGGUCUUGGACGGUGACGUAGACAAGACAGGAGAGACAACCAAGGGCGAUUGCAUUCUUUUGCAACCAAAAUUCUUUUUUCAACCAAUUUUUUAAGAAAUUUUUGCUCGAGCUGUAAUUUUGUCUUCAUUUUCUGAAAAUAAUCAUUCAUCAUGAAGGACGUUCAAAAAAUUACCACAAAUUUCGAUUUUUUUUAUGCCUAAAAACGUGGUUUUCUCCCCUCCUUGGGAAAAUCUUGGCGGGGUAACUGAUCUGAGAUGUUUCUGCUCAAAAGACCACGUUGACUGAAAAAAAGAGAGAAAUUGAUUCAAAAUUAUAAAAAGGAUCCAAGCAAGUCAUUUUUUUAGUUCGAGAGAUUUCAAAAUUGCCAAAAUCUUGUUUUGAGUAGGUCUCAAAAUAUUUAUAAAUUUUCCCAGAAAUUAUUUUUCAGCUCGGAAGUGCAAAUCAUACCUCUCCCCCCCCCCACCCUUCCAAUAUUUCCCAAGUCGCUUUCUGGAAUCGCACUGGUUGAAACUUUGAAAAAUCCCCCGAAAAUUUAUGUUUUCCUCUCUUUGGUGUGAAAAGACUCCUUUAACAACUUUCGGAAUCCCCAAAUUAUCCUAAAUUGUGCUAAACUGUGGUUCAGAAUUUUUGAAAACCGUUGAUGAAAAUUGUGAAUCUGAUACGAACUCAAUUCUGCUUCAUUUUUGACCAAAAGAAAAUAUAAAUUCUUGAUUUCUUUAGGAAUAUUCCAAAUUCAAAAUCUAGUUCAAAGGAGAAGAUCUGUAACAUUUUUAUUUUAGAUUUUUGAUGGUUUCUGACUCCAUUGAUGUCUGUGAAGUCGUUUUUGUAAUUGAAGCUCUGGAUCAGUCUCAUUAUGAAAAAAAUUUGAAUUACUUAAAAAUUGUAUCGUUCGAUUGGCGAAAAUUUUCAUUGAUGAUGUUUUCUUUCUCGACGAAAUCGUCUCCCUUUUUGUGUACAAGAUGCAAUUUUCACCCUACAGACAAGAUACUCAAAAUCUCACUAUGUCUGCUUCUGAUACCCGUUCAAAGCCUCCAACUUAUAAAAAAAAAUACCAUCGCGAAGUUCCAAAACAAUGUAGUAAGAUGAGAAAACAAGAAGAGGAAAACAAUUAACGAUGAAAAAAAAAAAAGGAAGAAUCUUACUUAGAUAAACUAAGAAAUCAAUAAUGAAGUACCG